AAAAUCAGAUGCUUCCUCAUUUAAUUACUUUUCCCAGUCUUAGCACAUACCAAAACUGCUGGCCAAGUUUGAAUUAAGCCUCACCAGUGUGAUAAUAGCAGCUUUUGUUCUGGAGACGCUAACGUUACAGUCAUUCAAGUGGAACUGGUUCGGUUUAAAACCAUUUUUAUAACGUCUUUUUCCUACUGCUUAGCGUUGCCAGCAUUGGUCCUGUUACUAUGGCGACAGACAUUUUAAAACUUUUUAAACAAUGGGGAUUGAGUUGCACAGUAGGCUUCUGUUGCAGUCCGUUUGGAUGGUGGGGAGAAAUGCAAGUAAGUACAAAGGGCUCAACUCAAAUGGACCCGGACAUUAAACACACUAGAAGAUCUAUGCACAAGUGUAAACUUGAUGGCAUUCAAGACACGCAGCAGGACUGUGACAGACCAGUUCCUGAUAAGUUGUGCACCCGUCAGCCAGAAGCCAUCAGCAGUGAAAUGCAAUCAAACGACAAAGAAGUUCUUUCAAGUCGGUGGAAGAAAGGAAAAGAACUGCCUGCUAAAUCACAGCAUGCUGCGGUGGAUGCGCUUGAAAACAAGUUCAUGAAAGUGCGACGGAGUUUACUCCGAAGUACAAAUGAAAAUGUCAGUCGAGAUUUCGAUGAGCAGGCGAUGGAGUCCCUGCAAAGAAUACUAGCAGGAGCAGAUCUGUUGAAAAAAGAAGAGGCUACGAUGAGUAUCCUCGGCUCAAAAUAUGAUUUCCAGAUGGAUCAUACCUCUAAAGCAUUACGUUACUUUAUUAGGUCUAAUUCAACGAGAUCUAUUGAAUGUUCCUCAAAUCCAUCCAAAGAUAUUUUGAAGGAAAUAUCAAAAUGCAGAGAAAGAAGUAGAGCUGACAAAAGUUCAUCUGGGAGGAGCAAACAUCUUGACUUCUUUGAAGUCGUGAAGGAACAACUCCAACAAAAGGACUUGGAGAACCAACAUCUUGUCCAUUUGCUGUUGGUCAAGCAACGAGAACUGAAAGACAUGGAAGAGAUGUCAAAGCAAAAGGAGAAGGAAACCCAACUUAUUACUGAAAAGCUGAAGUGUGAGGAACAAAAGAAUACAGAAAUCACCACCAGGUUUGAGCGAACCUCUGAAGAUUUGAAGAAGGAACUCGCUGAAGCCAGAAGUAACAACAAAACUACUAUGAAGCAACUGAAAGCACUGAUGGACAAAUACGACCGCCUCAAAACACGUGCCAACGCGAUGAAGGAGCAACUCAACGUGGAGCUCAAUGAGAAAAAGAGCUGUCAGAAAUCAUUCAAGAAGCUUCAGCAGAUGUCUCAGGAGUUGCUAACCAAGCAGAAACUUCUGGAGGAGCAAAGAGAUGUGGCAGGACGAGAUCUCGCUUUGUGUAAGGAGACGCUGCAGAUGAUGGACUCCGAACAUAAGAACAUCAUCAGCAUUAAUCAAAAACUUCAGGAGGAGGUAUCAGCCGUGAGAAACGAAUCUGCAAACCUCAGAGAAAAUAUACGUAAGGCUCAGGAGAAGAACAAGGAGCUCGUUCAAGCGACUCGUUUCAAAGAGUCCAACAAUGAGAAGAACCUUAAAGAAUUUCAGGAUGUGAUUAAAAAACUGAACGAUGAGUUGGAAGAGUGCCGAACAGAAAAAGACAAAGCUUUUCGACAGGUCGAGGCCAUGAAAUAUGAAUCGAAACUGAUUCACAACAAGCAGAGAGUGGAGAUACUCCAGCUGGAGGAGCAUCAGAAAGCCUCUCUGCAGCAGUCUGAUGCUUUGAGGAGAGAGUGCGAGACUUUGAUGGAGAUGGUCAGUAAGCUGAAGAAAGACAAGCAAGUCCUGACGGAUAAGAUGGAGGGCUUUCAUAAGGAAAAGAUGGUGUUGGAGAUGGCAAGCAUGAAGGAGGGAGAGCGCCUCAAAGAGGCCAUUCGUUUGCUGGAGCGAGAGAGAGAGGUGCUGUUAGUGGAGAUGGAGGACUUGCGUAAGGAUUAUCUCGGCCUUAGCGAUAGGAUCAUGCAGAAAAUGGGCCACGUGGAUGCAGCAGAUCCUCCAAUGACCAUCACUGACAUCACAACAAACCAUCAAAGAAAUGCUCAGAAGCUCUCACACAUCGAUGAUGGAAUGAUUCCUGAUGAUGGGAUCGUAUGGAACCCUUUGAAGCUGUAUUGAAACUGCAAUUUGGAAUUUGGACCUUCAACCCAUUGAAGUCUGCUAUACAGAGGAAAAAUCCUAGAAUGUUUUCCUCAAAAAAAAACUUAAUUUCUUUGCAACACAAUUUCAAUGAACAUCUUGGAUGACUUGAGGGCAAGUAAAUUAUCAGGACAUUUGUAUUCUUAAACUAAUCUAA